UACAAAAAGUCUAGUUGAUACCAAACUUUUCGCACAUCUUGCUCUACAAUGAUACGAAACGUUUGUAUCGUCUUACAGUUCUGCGCUCUGCUGAUUGGAGCCCAGCAAUUGCAUUGCUCUCCACAGAGCGCACAAAGCUAUCACAUAGCAAUGUAUCCGAGCAAUUGGCAUGAAGCGGUGGAAUACUGCAAUCGGUUGGGAUUACGGCUGGCCAUUGUUGACAACGCAGCCAAACACGAAGCGGUUGUUCAGGCAGCCCAAGCUACGGGCCUUCAAUCCAGUGGAUUCUUUGGUCUAUGGCUUGGCGCAAGCGAUCUGGCUAGGACUAAAACCUAUGUGUGGCAUAGCACCGGGGAGAGGUUAGUGUUCGGGAAGUGGAAACCUGGUGAGCCAACCGGUGGGAACGAACACUGUCUGAAUCUGUACUACUGGCCAGCCUUGGCGUUCAAUUGGACCUGGAAUGAUGCCCCGUGUGAUACCAAUCUGUACGCGAUCUGUGAGACGGAUGAGAAUCGUUGUUUCAGAUGAUCAACGCUGGCGUUGAAGACGGGUUGAGAGAAAGUGUGCAGUGGCUUUUACAACGGUAUUGUUCCUAAUGGCAAAUUAUUAUGGAUAUCAAGCGUAUACACAUAAAUUCGUUGCAUUAUAAAACGUUUUUCCUUCGUUUUCCCAAUGAAUAUAGGAUAUUUACGAGAAGAA